UUCGUCUCGUAGCACAGCACUGAAAGCGAUCAAUGUAUCAAACUUUAAUGAAUUGAUUUUGAAAAAUGAAAAGCAACCACUGAAAGCGAUCCUCCAUUCGCUACAGCCAAAGUCAAGAUACUAUUUCCCUUCUCUCUCUCUUCUGAUCGUGAUCGAUCAAAACACUUCCUCUCUUUUCCUUAACUCUGAUCAAAAUUUUCACUCGGAUGUCAGAUGCUCUCAUCAAUGGCCUCGCCGGCGCCGGCGGCGGUAUCAUCGCUCAACUCACUACUUAUCCUUUACAAACCGUUAAUACUCGGCAGCAAACGGAUCGGGAUACAAAGAAGGAGAAGAAGAAACUUGGAACUCUUGAACUCCUGUGUCAGGUCGUGAAGCAAGAAGGAUGGGGGAGGCUGUAUAGUGGUUUGGCUCCGUCGCUAGUUGGUACCGCCGCGUCUCAGGGUGUUUACUAUUAUUUCUAUCAAAUAUUCAGGAAUAAGGCUGAAGCUAUUGCAGUUGACCGCAGGAAAAGAGGACUUGGAGAUGGAUCAGUUGGCAUGCUAUCAUCGUUGGUUGUAGCUGCUAUUUCAGGGUGUACAAAUGUGUUGCUGACAAAUCCCAUAUGGGUUAUUGUCAUUCGCAUGCAGACGCACACUAAGGCUUCCAAAAAAGUACAGCCCAGUCAAGCUAUCAGGUCUCCUGAAGAAAUUCUAGUUUCAAUGGAGCCACCACCUUAUGGAACUAGCCAUGCAAUUCAAGAAGUUUAUGAUGAAGCUGGGUUCUGGGGCUUCUGGAAAGGCGUAAUUCCCACAUUGAUAAUGGUAAGUAACCCAUCUAUGCAGUUCAUGCUGUAUGAGACUCUAUUAAAAAAGUUGAGACAGAGGCGUGCGUUGAAUAAAAAUGGCAGCAAGGGAGUAACUGCUUUAGAGAUAUUUUUACUUGGGGCACUAGCAAAGCUUGGAGCUACUGUCGUGACAUAUCCUCUUUUGGUGGUGAAGUCACGGCUUCAAGCAAAGCAAAUUGCUGGUACAGAUAAGAAGCAUCAGUACAAAGGUACAAUUGAUGCGAUCUUGAAGAUAAUUCAUUACGAAGGUUGGUCUGGAUUUUACAAAGGGAUGAGCACAAAGAUUGUACAGAGUGUUCUUGCAGCUGCCGUUCUAUUUAUGAUUAAGGAGGAAUUAGUGAAAGGAGCGCGUCUGUUACUUUCAAAAAAUGGUACCUUGUCAAAGCCUCGAUGAUUGCAGCCGUGAUUCUUUCUCGCCAAUUAAGUAUAUCUGACUACCUUCCCAGUUGCAAAUAAAAGAACUUCAGUAAAAUUGAUGGCUAAGUUGAGCAAAUUAAUGGGCUUUAACUAUGAGAAUCCCUCUGAUGAAGUAAUCAUGUGAGUCUACAGAAGUGCAGUUUCUCCUAUGGUUAUAUCAACUGUCAAGCAAGGGAUUCAUAUUCUGAGCAGCUAAAUUGUAAAAUGUUGAAAUUUAUUUGUAAGCCUAAAGGAAAAAUGGCCAGGUUUCUAUUCAUAGUGUCAGCUGCUUAAUUUUUUUUCUUCCUUUUUUUUAACACCAUGUAUUUGCUUUCGGUGCUCAGUGUCGUGGGCCGUGGCAUCUUAGCAGCGGUUUAUUGUUUAAGCAUUUCCUAUACACCUUACAUACUGAA